CUCUUGCAGGCCACCCUGGUGGGAGUGGAGCUGACGCCGCCGGUCACCUUCCACCUGCGGGCAGGAUCCGGCCCCGUGUACAUCAGCGGGCAGCACAUCUCCCUGAUGCCCGACCUGUCCUGGGAGGAAGAGGAGGAGGAUGAAGAGGAGGAGCUGGUGGAGGAGUCCCCAGAGAAGCCCCCCAAGGGCCAAGCCGCCAAGAAGGGCAGCGCCGCCAAGAAGAGGAGGCUGGAGAAGGAGGACGAGCAGAACAACGCCGCCCCCGAGGAGCCCCUUCCCAGCAAGGGGCGAGGAGGCGCCCGGGGCAAGAAGGCAGCGGCGAAGAAGUAACCUUCCAGGUCUGGCGCAGGAGAGGCUGGAAACCUGCUGCUUUUUGUGUUUCCCCCCCAA